AUGGUGAUGCGACACCAACAAUCACACAGUUUCGAAAAUCUAAUAUAUGCCGUUGCUGCAAAUUUAGUUUAUGCAUUAAAAUCACCAGCAAUAUUAUUAUUUACAACAUAUCAUGAUAUAAGAAUUGCAAAUAUAACACCAAUUGGUUCACCAUCAGUUGAUAUAUUAGCCAAAGAUUUAGCUGAAGGUACAGCAAUAGAUUUUUUUUAUGAAAAAAAUUUAGUAUGUUGGGCUGAUUCAAGUCAUGAAACAAUUGAAUGUAUACAUGUUAAUUCAACACAAACAACAAAAACUUCAAAACAUAAUGUGAUAUCAUCUGGUUUAGAUAAACCCGAAGGAAUAGCAAUAGAUUGGUAUACAGAUAAAAUAUAUUGGACUGAUGGUGAAAAAAAUCGUAUUGAAGUAGCAACAUUAAAUGGUAAAUAUCAAAAAGUUUUAUUUUGGACUGAUUUAGAUCAACCGAGAGCAAUUGCAUUAGUACCAUCACAUGGUUUUAUGAUAUGGAGUGAUUGGGGUGAAAGUCCAAAAAUUGAACGUGCCGGUAUGGAUGGUGAUCCACAAUCACGUAAAACAUUAGUUAAUGAUAAAAUAUUUUGGCCAAAUGGUUUAGCUGUUGAUUUAGAACGUGAAUUAAUAUAUUGGGUUGAUGGUCAUUUAAAAUUUUUAGAUGAAAUGAAAUUUGAUGGUAGUAAACGUCGUACAUUAAUUGAUAAUUUAGAAUAUCCAUAUAGUGUAACAUAUUUUCAAUAUUCAUUAUAUUGGACUGAUUGGUCAAGUGGUGCAAUAAAUACAUAUGAUAUUGAAAAGAAAAUAAUGAAAGAAUUAAUUGAUACACCAGAAGCACCGAUUUCUGUUCGAGCAUGGGAUAAAAGUUUACAACCAUACAGAGAUAAUCCAUGUAAACAUAAUAAUGGUAAUUGUUCACAUUUAUGUUUAUUAGCAUUAAAUUCACAAGGAUAUAGUUGUUCGUGUCCAACUGGUGUUAAAUUAAUAUCGGAAACAAAAUGUGCAGAUGGACCACAAGAAAUGUUAUUUUUAGUUCAGAGAACACAAAUUAGUAAAAUAUCAUUAGAUUCGCCAGAUUUUACUAGUUUUCCUUUACCAUUAGGUAAAGUUAAAUAUGCUAUUGCUAUUGAUUAUGAUCCAGUUGAUGAAUUUAUAUAUUGGUCUGAUGAAACAUCUCAUGCAAUAAGACGUGCUCGACCAGAUGGUUCUGGACAAAUGGAUAUUGUUACUUCAGAAGUUGAACAUCCUGACGGUUUGGCUGUUGACUGGUUAGCUAGAAAUUUAUAUUGGACGGAUACAGGUACCGAUCGAAUUGAAGUUUGUAGACUUGAUGGUAGUUCUAGAAAAGUUAUUAUAUAUGAACAUUUAGAAGAGCCUAGAGCUAUUGCAUUGGCACCAUCAUUAGGUUGGAUGUUUUGGAGUGAUUGGGAUGAAAAGAAACCAAAAGUUGAAAGAUCAUCUUUAGAUGGUUCAGAGCGUGUUGUUUUAGUAUCAGAAGAUUUAGGUUGGCCAAAUGGAAUUGCAUUAGAUAUUGAAGCAAAACUAAUUUAUUGGUGUGAUGCAAAAACAGAUAGAAUUGAAGUGGCAAAUAUGGAUGGAUCAGAUAGAAGAGUUGUUGUCAGUGAAAAUUUGCCACAUGUUUUCGGUUUAAGCAUACUCGAUGAUUAUUUAUAUUGGACUGAUUGGCAGAGACGAUCUGUUGAUAGAGCUCAUAAGACGACAGGAAGUGAUAGAAUAGUUGUUGUUGAUCAAUUUCCAGAUUUAAUGGGAUUAAAAGUUACUCGACUGCGUGAAGUAAAAGGUGACAAUCCAUGUGCUAAACAUAAUGGUGGUUGCUCACAUUUAUGCUUAAAUCGUCCAAAAGAUUAUGUGUGCCGUUGUCCAAUUGAAUAUGAAUUGGCUACAGAUAACAAAACAUGUGUUGUACCUGAUGCAUUUUUAUUAUUUUCUAGACAAGAACAUAUUGGGAAAAUGUCCACAGAUUAUAAUGAAGGAUCUCAUAAUUUAGAGAUAAUUCCAUUUAAAGAUGUUAGGGAUGCAAAUUCUUUAGAUGUUGAUAUAGUUGAUAGAAGAAUCUAUUGGACUGAUCAAAAAUCUAAAUGUAUAUUUAGAGCAUUCCUAAAUGGAUCAAAUGUACAACGUGUUAUUGAUUCGGGUUUGAUAAGGCCAGAAAGUGUUGCUGUCGAUUGGAUUGCACGUAACAUUUAUUGGACUGAUUCAGAAGCAAGACGUAUAGAAGUUGCACGUUUAGAUGGUAGUAGUCGUAGAAUAUUAUUAUGGAAAGGAAUUGAAGAACCACGUAAUUUAGUCAUUGAACCACAAGAAGGUUAUAUGUAUUGGACUGAAUCACAAUUGGAUGCAAUACAAAGAGCUGCAAUGGAUGGUUCAGAAUUACAAACAAUUGUAUCACAAGCCAAUCAUCCAACUGGUUUAACAAUUGAUCCAAAAACAAGAAAACUAUAUUGGACCAGUCAAAGUCGUCCGACAAAAAUUGAAUCGGCUGAAUGGGAUGAACAUACAAGAAAAUAUUUAAAACAUGUAUUAGUUAGUACUGAUAUUGAUGAACCACAUGCAAUCACAUUGUAUAAAGAUUAUGUUUAUUGGAGUGAUUGGAAUAAUGGUGAAAUUCAAAGAGUACAUAAAGAAACUGGCCAAAAUCGUAGUAUUAUACAUCGUGGUUUAACAUACAUUAGUUCAUUAUUAAUAUAUUAUUCUGCCCGACAGACUGGUACAAAUUCAUGUAGUAUAAAAAAUGGUGGUUGUGCUUAUUUAUGUUUAGCAUUACCUGGUAAAAGAGCAAGAUGUGCAUGUCCAACACAUUAUACAUUAGCUAAAGAUAAUAGUUCAUGUAUUCCACCAAAAAAUUAUGUAAUAUUUAGUCAAAAGAAUUCAUUUGGUCGUAUAGUACCAAAUACAACUGAUUCACCUGAUUUUCCAUUACCAGUUUCUGGAAAAAAUAUAAGAGCUGUUGAAUAUGAUCCAAUAUCACAUUAUUUAUAUUGGGUUGAAGGUCGAAAUCAUCAUAUUAAAAGAUCUUUAGUUAACGGUACACGAUCAUCGGUUUUCGUUGGUAAUGGACCACAACCAUUUGAUAUUGCUUUAGAUGUUAUUGGACGAUUAUUAUUUUGGACAAGUAUGCAUAUGAAUACGAUCAAUGUUACAAGUUUGGAUGGAGAUGGUGUUGGAAUUGUUGAUACUGAUUCAGAACAGCCAAGAAAUGUUGCUGUACAUUCAAUGAAACGUUUAUUAUUUUGGACAGAUGUUGGUUCACGUCAAGCAAUUUUUAGAGCAAGAGUUGAUGGAGCUGAAAAAACUAUAUUAGCAUUUAAAUUAGAAGGUGUUACAUCAUUAGCUGUUGAUCAACAUGCUGAUAUAAUAUAUUAUGCUCAUGGAAAACGUAUUGACUUUAUGGAUAUAAAUGGCAAAAACAAGGAAACACUUGUAAAAACGCAUGUUACACAAGUAGUAUCAAUGGCAGCCAUACAUGAUAUUGUUUAUUGGUUAAAUGAUCAAGGUAAUAUUGAACGUAUAACAGAAACUGGUAAACAAAGAACACCAGUUCCAUUAUCAAAUUUAGUAACUGAUGUUGUAGCUGUUUGGACACCAGACUUAAAAAUUUAUAAAAAUCAUACAUGCUUACAAAGUCGUACAAAAUGUUCACAUAUUUGUGUUGCUACAAUGGAUGGCCGUAGUCGUGAUAUUUGUUCAUGUCCACAUGGUUUAAUGUUACUUGAAGAUAAACAAAAUUGUGGUGCAUUACCAGCAUGUGGCCCAGAUCAUUUUACUUGUGCUGCACCAGUUCCUGGUAAUGGUUUAACAAGUGAUUUAAAUAAAGAUUGUAUACCGGUAUCAUGGCGUUGUGAUGGACAAAAUGAUUGUCCAGAUAAAUCUGAUGAAGUUGGUUGCCCAUCAUGUCGACCAGAUCAAUUUCGUUGUCAAUCUGGUGAAUGUAUUGAUAAAAGUUUAGUAUGCGAUGGUACAACAAAUUGUGCAAAUGGACAUGAUGAAGCUGAUUGUUGUAAAAGGCCACAAGAUUUUCAAUGUCCAAUUAAUAAAGUAUGUAUUCCAGCAACAUAUUUAUGUGAUGGUUGGGAUAAUUGUGCUGAUGGUGCUGAUGAAAGUCCUGAAAUAUGUAGUCAACAAGGAAAUACGAAACGUGUUGCACCAGCAUCAGAUAAAAAAGCAUUUAUUAUUGUUAUAGUUGUUACAAUGAUAAUAAUAUUCUCUGUUGUUUAUUUAUUACAAAUAUGUAGAACACGUUUAGGUAAAAGUCGUAACGAACCAAAAGAUGACCAAGCAUCAGAUCCAUUAUCGCCUGGUCUAAGUAAAUCAAGUCGUGUAUCGAAAAUAGCAUCUGUAGCUGAUGCAAUGCGUAUGUCAACAUUACAUAGUUGUAAUAGUAUGAAUAGUUAUGAUCGUAAUCAUAUAACUGGUGCAUCAAGUUCAACAACAAAUGGUAGUAGUAUGGUUGCAUAUCCAAUUAAUCCACCACCAAGUCCAGCAACAAGAAGUCGUCGGCCAUAUAGACAUUAUAAAAUUAUUAAUCAACCGCCACCUCCAACACCAUGUUCAACAGAUAUAUGCGAUGAAAGUGAUUCUAAUUAUACAAGUAAAAGUAAUAGUAAUAGUAAUGGUGCGACAGCUAAAUUAUCACAAUAUCAAUAUGAUAGUGAGCCAUAUCCGCCACCACCGACACCAAGAUCUCAUUAUCAUAGUGAUGUUAGAAUUGUACCAGAAAGUUGCCCACCGUCACCGAGUUCACGUAGCUCAACAUAUUUUUCACCUUUACCACCUCCACCAUCACCGGUUCAGUCACCGACCAGAAGCUAUACGUAGCCCAUAAUUUUUGAAGCUUUUAUUUAGUUUAGUUAUUUUUUUGAAUUUAGAUGUUCAAUUUUUUAGUUGGUUUUUUUUUUUUUUUUAUUUUGUAUACUUUUUUAAUUUGUAUACAAUUUUAUAAGAGAUUUUAAUUAUGUUAAUAAUUAAUAAAUUUUAAUUUCUACUUAUAUUUUUAUUUUUAAUUGUUCUAUAUUAACAUAAAUAAGAAUUAAUUUAAAAUUUAUAUAUAUAUUAUAUAAAGGA